AUGAAUAAUCGAAUUCGAACUCAAAAAAAGGUUUAUACACCAACAACAAGUGCAUCGAAACCGGAAUGUUAUUUAUGUCAAGUAAUUGAAACUGGUGAAUGUAUGAUUGUUCAUCGUUCGAGUGUGAAGCGUGUUUAUGAUGAUACAGCUGAAAUAAUGGUGUAUAGUCGUCGAAUGGAAACAACAAUUGAAUAUCGAGAUGUUGAUGAAGCAAAUGAUUCAGAAGGUGAAAAAGAUGCAAAUGAUGAUGAACAAAUUGUUCAUCUCAAAAGUUUAUCAACGUUACAUUCUGUAAUAAAGAAGACAAUUGAUAAUCUUCAAACACAUAUUCAAGGUACAUUAUCACCUAUGAAUUAUCCUUUAGAUCUUAAUAAUUUUAAUUUAAUUAAUCUUUCUUCGUUUCGUGAAUCAGGUCAGGAUCAAAAACUCGAUGAUGUGAUAUACAAAGGCAUUAGUUUAACACGUAUUCGAAGAAAAAAUAUUGACGAUUAUGGUAGACAAGUACUUUGUGAAAUCUUCUCACAUGAAGAAUUAAUAUCUUCAAUUUUGCUUCCAGAUGCUAUGCGUAGUCAAUAUCGAAUUGCUGCUGAUCGAUACAAUAAAUUUUAUAACAGAUUAGUGAAAUUAAAAUCAGCAGAUUUUCUGGCUGAUGAACGUAAACAUGAUCGCAAAAGUACAUGA